AUGUUGCUAAAGAACAACGGAGCACCAGGUACAGUCGCCCAGAUCGCCCCCGCAACGAAUGUCGGCGAGCAAAUCGACAUGAUGUGUCGACUGCUGGAAGCCAGUCAACAAAGAUCCGAUGAAGCCAUUAGGACACUAACCGAAGCUCAGGCCAGGCUAGAAGCUAAGAUUGCCAAAUUGCAAAGAACAAAUGAAGCCACACGUACGACCCAAGACAAAGAAAGUCUCAACCUUGAUGGGACAGGAACUCAGGUCAUCCAGAUCGACUCGCCCGAAAGGAAUGCUCGCCACAUUAGGGAAGGGUCCCAGGGUCCUAUGCCAUCAUCUCCAGCUCAUCACCAUCAAAGGACUGGUGAGCAGCGGGCAGAUCGGUGCGAAAUAUGUACGCGAACCGACGCAGAGCCCGCAAAAACAGCCCAACUAGACCCUGAGAAGGGGCCCCUACAGACCCAGGCACGGGCCCCACAAGACGCAGUAGACGAAGUACAUACCCCUUCUAUCCGGUUCUUGGAAAGCUGGAAGGAAGAGAUGCUGCAAGAGGUGAUGCAGAAGUUCUCCGACGGGAGAUCUGCGUACGCUUCUGACUAUGUAGAUUUGGUCACAAGAAUCACCGAGAAAUCGCCUUUCGCGGAAUGGAUACAGAACGAGCCCAAGCCGAGGGACUUUGUGAUUCCCCCCCUGCCCGCAUUCAAUGGAAAGGGAGACCCGCUCAACCAUUUAUUCCAAUUCCAGCAGAAGAUGGCCUUGGAAGUCAACAAUGAAGCCUUACAAUGCAAAGUCUUCUCCACAACCUUUUCUGGACCAGCUCUGCUAUGGUUCAAACAACUAAAACCUAGCUCAGUCAGCAGUUUUGAGGAUCUUCGUAGAACCUUUCUCCGGCAAUAUAAUGCCAACUGUGAAGCACCAAGAACAAUGGCAGAUCUCUACCAAAUUGAGCAAGGUGAAAAUGAACAUCCAAAAUCAUACCUGCAACGUUUCAUCGACCUCGUACAUCAAAUCCACAAUGCAAAGCCAGCAACCUCAGCUAACCUCUUCGUCAAAAGUUUGCAAGUGGGGUCCCUCUUGCACGAAAACCUCACUAUGACACCACCUUAUGACAUGGCUAAAAUCCAAACCCGUGCCGAGGGCGUCUUUAGGGUCCUGGAAUUUCGAGAGCAUGCACAGAAGAAGUCCGCCCUUAUUUCAACACCACCAGAAAAUAACCAUCCCCCUCCAUCUACAAGGGACGACAAAAGAAAAAUGCAAGAGUUAGACCACAUGAAAGGGGGAAAGAAGCCAAGAACAAGUUGA